UUGGAUUUGUUCUCAUCUGACAGAGAUACAAGGCUUCAGGGCAUGCCACCAUUGUGCUGGCUGGAGCUGAAUACGGCAGUGGAAGUUCCAGGGAUUGGGCCACCAAGGGUCCCAUGCUAUUGGGAGUCAAAGCUGUGAUAUCCAAAAGUUUUGAGAGAAUUCAUCGUAGUAAUUUGGUAGGAAUGGGUAUUAUUCCCCUUUGCUUCAAAUCCGGUGAGGAUGCUGACACCUUGGGAUUGACUGGUCACGAACGAUAUACCAUUGACCUUCCAAACAAAAUCAGCGAGAUAAAGCCUGGCCAAGAUGUCACCGUCACAACUGAUACCGGAAAAUCUUUCACAUGCACAGCUCGCUUUGACACUGAGGUGGAAUUGGAGUACUUUAACCAUGGAGGCAUUCUUCCCUAUGUGAUCAGGAACCUCAUUAAGAAGUGAAGUCAUCGUUGAUUAGAAAUAUUAAAUGCAAGUGAUAAUAAAAUGUGAGAAAUGCGAAUAAUUUCCUAUAAGUAGGAAAUAAUCCCUUCUUAAGGAGGGCAAUUUUUUUGA